AUGAAGCUGGGCCUCGCCAUUACUUCCCUAUUUGCUGCCUCUGCCACCGCCGCCAAAUACGCCGCUGGCCAAGACUGCCGCACCAACAAGGGAUGCGAUCAAAACUGUCUUGGAGGCAAAUGGAGUGUCGCGAUAGUGGCAGGAGAUGCACGUUUGGUUUGCGAUCCUGGCAAUCUUGAUUCGACUCGCUAUGCUUCAGCCGGUUGUAUUCGAGAGGACGGAGAGGUUGAAGGUGAAGGAAGAGCAAUUAUAAAAGCGAGUGAAGUUGCUUGCGACAGCGCGAAGGGUAAAUUCUGUGGCCAUUCAUGCUAUUUUACUACCAAAGCAUCGCUGGAGCAGGAUAUGACCACAAACUUCCAGAAGAAAUGCCAGGCACAAGGCGACAGGUCGCACCCAUACACUGGAUCGGUCUUCUUUUAUCCUUCCAAAGAUCUGGCUGCUCCUUACAGCUCCUGCAAGUCCUCUGAUGUCUUUCCUUAG